AUGUUCACUGGCCUCGUCGAGACGCUCGGCACCGUCAGUGCGCUGGUGGCACUCGACCCCUCGACAUCGGGCGGCAACGGCACCUCGCUGACCAUCUCGGACUGCGCAACCAUCCUCACGGAUGCGGCGCUGGGCGACUCGAUCUGCGUCAACGGUACGUGCCUGACGGUGACGGAGCUCGAGCCCUCGCAGCCGCCGUACGGCUCGUUCAAGGUCGGGGUGGCACCCGAGACGCUGCGGCGCACCAACCUGGGCUCGCUGAAGGAGGGGAGCAAAGUCAACCUGGAGCGGGCCGUGAGCGCAGCCACACGCAUGGGCGGCCACUUCGUGCAGGGCCACGUCGACACGGUGGCGUUGAUCGCGAGCGUGACGCCCGACGGCAACGCCCUGACCUUCCGCCUGGCCCCGCGCGACCGCGCCGUGCUGCGCUACGUUGUGGAAAAGGGAUACAUCACCCUCGACGGUGCGAGUUUGACCGUCACCAAGGUCAACGACGCCGACGGUUGGUUUGAGGUCAUGUUGAUCGCGUACACGCAGGAGCGGGUCGUCAUGGCGGCCAAGAAGCCCGGCGACGAGGUCAACGUCGAGAUCGACAUUGUCGGCAAGCUGGUCGAGAAGAGCGUCGUCGGGUACCUCGAGGGUGCCGCGGGCGGAGAACAGGGCGGCGCCCCAGCCAUGCUGGAGAAGAUUGUGGGCCGAUUGGUGGAGGAGAAGUUGAAGAUCAUACAACAGCAACGGUAG